AUGUACAACAUAAAGACCAAGGGUAGUGACACAACACCUGCCAACGGAGGGCAACAGGCCUUUUUAAAGUCAAAAGAGGUCAAUACUUCCCGAUUUGAGCACCAGCUGUGCAAAUCAAUAAAGAGGAAGGCCUCACAGGUAAUACUAGUAUGUAGUAAAGUAGUAAAUAGUAACUAGGCCAACCAGAGUUAUAGUUCUGUAAAGGUGAGAAUGAAUUAGAAAUAAGGGUUCAGAAUUCGGAAGUAAUGAAGGGCUCGUGUGUAUCCUCAUCAGGGGAAGAUGAUUACAAUUUUGCAACCUGAGACAAGUACAUUUUUGCAAAAUCUGACAACUAUAAAGAGAAGUAGGCUGGAGAAAACAAGUGUAACCAUCUUGGAUAAUUUCAUUAUUUCCCUUUGCUUCUUAUAACAAAACAUAUUCAUUUUAUAGUUAGGAUUCAGGGUAAGGAGAGCUAUCAGAAAGCAAAAGGAUGUUGAAAUUUCCAUGCCAGUUAUGCGCUCCAAUCAAUGCUGA